GCCGAAAACGUGCAGGAAAAAACAGUGAUCAUACUGUCAGAUGUUGGAUCUACUUUCUGCACCAAAACCCAAAAUGCAAACGAAAACGAAUUCACGAUUGCCGAAGAGUGGCGCAGAAAUAAAGUGCGAAUCGUUUAUGUAGCUGUAGAAACAAAGUACGGACAGAAUAUGGGAGGCGUUCCGGGCGGUGCACAUGGAAGUUAUCCCUGUGUCGGACUUUGGAGGCCUCGAUAUCUCGAAAGUGACAAAGUCUCUCGUUUUCAUACUGGACGCUUCUGA